AUGAAAAAAACAUUCUCUCAAUGGUAUCUACAACCUAGUAAAGGUAGUAUUAGCAAUAAAUUAAUUAUUGGAGAUCUCGGCCUAAAAGGUGCAUUACCAACAAUAAAAUAUGCUCUUGAUAAAGAUGCAAAAGCAAUUAUUCUUAUGUCUCAUUUGGGUCGACCUGAUGGUAAACGCGCUGAAAAAGAAAGUUUAAAGCCCGUUGCUGAAGAAUUAAAAAGAUUACUUGGCAAAUAUGUAACGUUUCUGAAUGAUUGUGUUGGUGAAGAAGUUGAACGUGUCGUUGAAGGUUCUGUUGAAGAUAAACAAGGCAAUAAAACAAAAGCUGGCAAAGAUGCUACCAAUAAAUUUCGAGCUAGUCUAUCAAAAUUUGGUGAUAUAUUCAUGAUGCUUUUGGAGCAGCUUUGUGCUCACAGUUCAAUUGUCGGAGUUAAACUUGAUCAACGUGCAGCCGGUUAUUUAAUGAAAAAAGAGCUUGAUUAUUUUGGUCUAGUACUUGAAAAUCCUGAACGACGUUUUCUUGCUAUUCUUGCUAAAACAAUUGUAUGGAAUGGUUCUAUGGAAGUUUUUGAACAAGAUCAAUUUGCUAAUAGAACACAAGAAUUACUCAAAGCUGUGGUCAAACAAACAAAGCAAAAUACUAUAACAAUUAUUGGCGGAGAAGAUACAGCGACUGCUAGUGCUAAAUUUGUUUUUGCUGAUCAAAUGAAUCAUGUAUCAACUGGAGGUGGUGCUAGUCUUGAACUUCUCGAAGGAAAAGAUCUUCCUGGUGUAACUGGUCUCAGUGAUAAAUGA